AGUCGACGUGCAUGGCGACGUGCCAGCCCGGGUAUGUUGGGCCCGCCUCCCCCUUCACCUGCCAGGCAGACAAGACGUGGGGCGGUAACUACACAGAUGCCUGCACCCCAAUUGACUGCGGCCCAACAAUCCACAACGCAGAUGCGCUCAACGUGACAGCCACGUGCACGGGCGACACGCGUUACACGGGCGAUGCCUGCACUGCCACGUGUGCACCGGGAUACAGAGGCCCUUCGUCAACCUUCACGUGCGGCGCAGACGGCAAGUGGACAGGCAGUCCGCAGUGUGAGCCGAUCCAGUGUGGCCGCCCCGCCCUGCUGGACUCGAACGUGCGCCUGCGCUGCUUCGACACAGUGGCGCUGGGCCGUGGCUGCCGUACGUCCUGUGCUGUUGGGCGCAAGGAGGGCACAGACUUCACGUGCAACGCCGACGGCCAGUGGGAAGGUUUGUUACGUGCAUUCUGCCGCCCACGCAGAACACGACCACAACCACAACCACGUCCACCACCACCACAUCCACAACAACCACGCGCCCCGCAGCGUCAACUGCGAGUGCGCUCGAAGGCGGCACGCUGAUUGGCCUCAUCAUCGGUGUGAUUGCGUUCCUGCUGCUGCUGGUGGUCGUCGUGCUCGCACUGCGCCUUCGCUCCAACCGCACCCGCCCCAUCAACGGCCCACCGGGCAUGACCAAGGGGCCUGGUGUUGCAGAGACAAGCAUGUACACCAACCCAACGCACUCGUCAUUCAGAAACCGCAAGCUCCCGGAGGACCAUUACAGCGUGUAUGCUCGUGCCGCCAUGACUUCCCAGCCACCACGGCCAAGUGCACCGAAGCCGAUUGGCGCAGAGUCGAGCACGGACUACGACGCGAUGCGGCAGACGUCGUUCAGGAAACUCGAGCCAGGCCUCGACGUCACCACAUAACUAGCACCCUCACACACGGCACCCAGCCACACGUGCUGCCGUUUGUUGUUGUUCUUGUUGUUGUUCUUGUUGUUGUUCUUGUUGUUCUUGUUGUUCUUGUUCUUGUUGUUGUGAUGGGUUCUAUGUCUCAUCGGUUGCCUAACUCAAAUACGUCUUUCUGUGCGCGUGUAUACUGUGUGUGCAUGAGUGUGCUGCUUCUACCACAUGCUUUCCCAUUGCAUGGUGCUUCUGUAUUGCGUCUGUUGACUCCGAUUUCACGGUAGCCCAAUCUUUUAUGUGUGUUUCCAUGUUGUGUGUGUGUUUCCUGCGCUUGUCUCUCUGCUUCUUCUGCGUUUUGUGCGUGCACACAUGGAAUGAACAAACGCUGUUUCCCAUCCGUUGUCGUCGUGUUGUUGUUGUCUUUGAUUGGCUGUGCUUUUUUGCCUUUGAGGCCGCCGCGUUUGAAAUACAACCACCCACAUCAA